GAGAGAGAGAGAGAGAGAGAGAGAGAGCCCGUCUGUCAGUGCCGUUCCCCGGUGUGGAGGCGGAGAGGAGCUGCAGAAGGAGCGCAUUGACGACUGUCCUCCCUGGUUGCUGAUCUGAAGCUCUGGUCCUCAUCUCUGGCAGGAGUGGACAGCAGCCCCCUCAGUGAAGAGCACCAUGACCCAGGAGGGGCAGGCUCUGCCCUCUCCCACCCCAUCAGAGAGCCCAGCGGAGCCCAAUACCACCACCAACACCACCACCACUGACCCGCCCGCAGAGACACACAGCCAGGCAGAGCUGGGGGCAAAGGACGACAGAGAGGAGGGGAAACAGCAAGAGGAGAUCAGAGAGGGAGAGGAGCAGGAGGCACAGGGGGAGACUCAAAGGGAAGGAGAGGGGAGGGAAGAGGUAAAGGAUGAGGGAGGAGAGGGUGAGUUGAAAGAGGAGAGGGUGGAUGGGGAUCGAGAUACAGAUGGAGAGAGGGAAGGGACGAGAGGGGAAGGACGCACAAAUGUGGAGGUGAGCUCGGCGGGGGAGGAGGCAACGCAUGAGGAGGAGGGGAUGAAAGAGGAAGAGGAGGGGAAGGAAAAUGAAGAGAUGCAACCGUCUACUGAAGAGGAGGAUACUCACUCGGAACAAGCUGGGCGACUGGCAAAUGGCAUCGGUGGGAAUGAAGAGGAUGAUGAGGCGGGCGAGGAGGACGAGGGAGGAGACGAGGUGGUGACUCACACACACUUGGACACUUUCAGCUCCAACUUUGAGACGACUGUAGAACAGGCCGACGCAGAAGUGGAGGAAGAGGACGAAGAGGGCCAGAAGGAGGGAGAUGGGAGAGAGAACCAGGACAGUUUCAGCUCGGCGUUUGAGCAGAUCGUUGAGCAGGUUGAUGUCCAGGAGGAUGAUGAGGAGGAGGAGGAUGAGGAAGAGGAGAGGGAGAAGGGUAGGGUGGACAACAAAGACGGCUUCAGCUCCACGUUCGAGCGCAUCGUAGAGUCCGCCCUGCUGAGGGGCGGGACCUGCUACAGCAGCCUGGACUCUCUGGACGUGCUGUCGCUCACGGACGAGACGGACAGCUGCGUGAGCUUCGAGGCACCACUGACACCGCUCAUCCAGCAGAGGGCGCUGUUACAGGGCCCUGAACCCCUGGAGCUGGAGCUGGAAACCGUUCAGGAGCAAGAAGGGGCUGAGGCUGGACCGGACUCCCCAAGUGACCUCACGGCUGGGGAGAGCGCCCUCCACGGAGCCGGAGCCGUGGCCGGAGUAGGAGGAAGCCCGCUGAGGACCACCAUACCAGGGAGCCGGUCAGAGUUUGUGCUGAGCCAAUCCGGACGCUGGGCCGUCCCUAAUGGUUACCAUGGAGCCACAGAGGGUUGUGGAGCCAUGAUCAACUCUGUCAGCGAUGCCAACCUCACAGACGUGCCAUCUGACUCAGAGGAGUGCGAUUUGGGCAGUCUGGAGCGCUUGGAGCGCGGCAGCACCGACACUCUCGCCAAUGGCUGCCGAGCCGACUGCGAGGCCGCCAAGAGGCUGGCCAAGCGCCUCUAUCACCUCGAGGGCUUCAAACGCUGCGAUGUGGCCAGACACCUGGGAAAGAAUAACGAGUUCAGCCAGCUGGUGGCCUCAGAGUACCUGAGCUUCUUCGAUUUCUCCGGCCUGUCGCUGGAUCGAGCCCUGAGAAACUUCUUAAAGGCCUUUCCUCUGAUGGGAGAGACCCAGGAGAGAGAGAGGGUCCUUGUGCAUUUCUCCAGACGCUUCUGCCACUGCAACCCACGAACACUUAACUCUGAAGGUCAGAGCCACGAGGAGGAUGAUGGCGAGGGUGAUGAGCACGACGAUGGAGCCCACACAUUAACCUGCGCCCUCAUGCUGCUCAACACCGAUCUGCACGGACAUAACAUUGGGAAGAAGAUGUCUUGCCAACAGUUUAUCAGUAACCUAGAUGGCCUCAACAAUGGCAAAGACUUCCCUAAAGACUUAUUAAAGGUCUUGUAUAACUCGAUCAAGAACGAGAAGCUUGAGUGGGCAGUUGAGGAGGAGGAGCUGAGGAAGAGUCUGUCGGAGCUGGUGGAGGAGCAGUGCGAGGGCGGGAGUAAGCGCGUUGCCAGGGUAACGGACGGCAGUAACCCCUUCAUCGCCAUUCCCAUUCUUUUAAAUGCCGUCACCUACAAACAUGGAGUGCUGACCCGCAAGAGCCAUGCUGACAUGGACGGGAAACGCAGUUACCCCAGGGGUCGGCGUGGUUGGAAGAAGUUCUAUGCGGUUCUGAAGGGGAUGAUCUUGUAUCUCCAGAAGGAUGAGUACAAACCUGAUGCUGACAUUUCAGAGGUUGACCUGAAGAACGCAGUGCGGAUCCACCACGCUUUAGCCACUCGUGCCACCGACUACAGCAAGAGAGCCAACGUGCUGAAGCUGAAAACCUCAGACUGGAGAGUCUUUCUGCUGCACGCCUCGAGUGAGGAGGAGAUGAUGUCUUGGAUCUUCAGGAUAAACCUGGUGGCGGCGCUGUUUUCCGCUCCGGCCUUCCCUGCCGCCAUCGGCUCCAUGAAGAAAUUCUGUCGGCCCAUCCUGCCGUCUUCGUCCACCAGACUGAAACAGGAUGAGCAGCUGCUGAGUCACGAGAGCAAGCUGAAGCAGAUGAGCAUGGAGCUGGAGGAGCACCGGAAAAACUCGCCCUCAAUCGACCCCAAAAGCCGCGAGUGGGAGGAGUACCGGCUCAAAGAGCACUACCUCACGUACGAGAAGACUCGGUAUGAGACCUACAUCAGCCUCCUGCAGGCCAAAAUCCGCGCAGAAACGGACGACCUUGAGAAGAUCGAGGCCAGUGUGAUGGGUGGCCUGAUCAUGGAGGGGGGCCUGGCCGGCCGCGAGUGCCACCUCCGCAAGACGCAGUCCUCCCCGUCCAUCAGUCAGGCUCACAGCGGGCUGAACGGGAGGGCGGCUGGAUGCACUGCCCCAGGACAGAGUAGCUGAGGGGAGGCAGGAGGACCAGGGGCCUCAGCCCACAGAACAACAUCCCUUCGAGCCAAACUAGCAUAAUCCUCCAACUUCUUUCUGGGCUUUUUCUGUUAGUAUUUUGUGUUUUGGGCUCCUCCGUUCCUCCUGUUGUACUUACAGUAAGAAACAGGAGAAAUGUCACUCUCCUUCCCAGAAUUUAUCCACCCUGGUGAUAAGUUUCUGUCCUUGAGCAAUAGAUGAAGAAGACCAGGAGCCCGUGCUUGAUACCCGACAAGUGACCCUGCCAAACCUCAGUCCUUUGAACUUUAAUUAUUGCACAUUAAGAAUGAUCAUAACUGUGAUCACUAUUUAUAACAUCAUCAGUAUUAUUUAGAAAUGAAACUCAGAGCGAUGCAGUUGUCUUUAGAUUAAAUGUGUUUUUAGUUAUAAGCAGAGCUUCGAGUGAUUUAUAAUGUAUUUGUUUAAGGCCAGACAGAGAACAAAGAAGGACGGACGGACCGGGUUGGCUUCGUCCUCUCUGUCCUGUCCUCGUCCUGCAGAUGGAGAUGGUACUACUGUAGCAUUUACCCUUUUUUCUUUCCACCCAUGUUUACGCACCCAGCCACUCCACAGGCGUGUGUACGGACCUACAUUGUGGUGUGUGAAGAUACAACAUAUCUGUCCCAACUCUCAAAAGAACUUCUCAGAGGGAUCAAGUCCCUGCCAUGUAUAGCAUAUUUAUUUAUUUAUUUAUUCCUCCAAACCUUUAUUCACCCCAGGACGGGUUCACACUGAGCAUGCUUGCUCUUUUUCAGCAAUUUCUGUCUCGUGCAGUUGCGUACAUUUUGCAAGUGUGAAGGAGAUGCAAAGUGGGGCAGCUGUGGUUUUAACUGUGCACUAAGCUGCUCCACCAGAGGAACUGGAGGUUGAGUGCCUUACUCAAAGGCACCUUGACACUAGCUUUUGAAGGAUUUAGAGAGUGUUAGUCAGUCAGAGAGAUCACAAGUCUGUGUCUGUGAUAUUUAAUCUGCCGCUACCCCAAAUACUGACAUGCAUUCAGUUAUCCUGUUUGUCAAUCUAACAAGUCAAAACCGAACCGAGGAGGAUGACGGUAUGUGACUGAAUGACAAGCACCGUGCCACGUUCCGUUUUAUCCCACAAACUAUUCCUCUUGCAUCACGACACAGUUGAUGUGUAACAAUGUAUGGUUAGGUGUGAGGUUUCUGAAAAUCCGGGUGAAGGGCAGAGCAGGAAAGUGGGUGGGAGGCGUCCCGUAUGAGUGGGUCAUCUGCUGUACGUGUGUGUGUGCACAUGCAUGUGUGUGCAUCGGCAUGCUGUUUUUAAGUGGCUCCAGUUGAGUUAUCAAAGCUGUAGGCAACAGGAAGAAGUAAAAGGAGCAGGGUCAUGUUUUUCUAUUAAGAAUUUAUUGAGCAUGUUUGGUGAGAAUCAAUCCGAUGGCCUUCUGCUGAAUAAGACUAGCAUCACAAUCCGGCCUUGGCUCUCUCAAAAGCAUCUUCUGCACAAAGGCUGAAGAUGUGUUUUUGUUAAAAAAAAAUGUACCUUUACCUUUUAAAAACAGAAAAUCUAACCGAUCAGGGUUCUGGUUUAUUACAUGUUAACAUGGACCCUAUCGUAGCUUGCUUGGCCUCGUAUUGAACAUUUAGUAGUACUGGUGUAUUCCUUCCACUGCCAUCCUUCAGUUGAAGAUGUUUUUGGGAAAGCAGGCCCCGUCAUACGUUAGACAGUUGAUUGGAGAGUGUAGCAGCAGGACUGCUCCAGCUUAAUGUGCUAAAGUCCAGAAACCUGUCAGUAUACUGGAAUGGAGAGGGGAACAGCAGCAGCAACAACAACUCCACCAGCAGAGUAGCCAUCAAAACAUCAUCAACGUGGGGGGAGGAGCAGGAGGAGGAGAAAGAAACGUGUUUUCUAAGAAGAGACUGGUUUGGUUUUCUAAGUAAGACUGACUCUGCCAGCCAAGAACAGACAAAACAGACAUCCAGCACACGUUUUUCCAAACAGAGGAACACACAUUGAAGGAGGACUUGCGUAACGUUGCGAGGAAUUGUGGAUGGGGUGGCGGUACCACUGUUUGUGAGCACCUUAAUUGAUCCCAAACACACACACACACACACACACACACACACACACACACACACACACACACACACACACCUUUUCUCUUUCUACGUAAUUUUCUUAUAUGACACAACUGUAGAUCAGUGAGCUUAGCGGCCGCCCCCUUACUCAGCCUCGGUGUGGCACAGAAGCAUGUCGACAGAACCAGAGUUGUGGAUAUCGACAGCAUAUGAUAUCUUUGGCUCUGGACACCGCUUCUCUGUUGCUUCUUAUGGCAUAUUAAUAGUGACCGAUAGGAUCUGAGAUUCUUUUGGAAGCUUGGCUGGAAACCUGGAGUCACAGCUUGAAUCCUGGAUCCUUGUACAGACCAAAAUGUUGAAGUGGAGCUGAGUUUUCAGAGAGGAAGCAUCGUUUUAUAAAGCCGUAUUGUUAGGACGAAUAACUGCUUUCUUACAGGGAGACUUCCCCUUAUAGUCACUUUGGCUGUUGUGCUAACCAUUGUUUCCCAAUGUUCUAGGGUAGGCCUGUGCUGUACUAUAGGAUUGUGGCAAAAAAAAUUAAAAAAUAAGUUGAUUGUUAUGUUUUAUUUAAAAAAUGACAACUUCGGCACUUUGAUGUCAGCAUUGGAUCUGUCUUUUUGUUUGUUUUGUUUGUAUAUCGGAACUGUUUUUUGACAGGAUGCUUAUACUAUGUAAAGGACAUAUUUACUGAAUAUUUAGU